UCAAUCUGGAUCUAGCUGCUCACACUCUCACUACCGACUCUCUGCAGUUCCUGUGAUCGUGUUUGUGCAGCCGAUGGUUUAACGUACACGCUGUUUUGUCGAGAGGUUUGGUAACGGAGCAUAUGCUGCCAUGAGUGCUUUUUGUCGUCUGAUCCAGAGGGGACUGCCGUCGUGUCGUUUAUUUGCCGGUCAGCAGCAGGAUGUGUGCGGUGCGGCUCUCCCGGUCCGAUCAGCCAGCUCAUCCAGCCCAGUCAACUUGACCUAUGAUGUCUUCGAUGGGAAGGGAGAUAGCACUCCCCUGGUGUUUCUGCACGGUCUUUUUGGCAGCAAAUCUAACUUCCACUCAAUAGCCAAGUCCUUGGUGCAGCGCACAGGUCGAAAGGUGCUGACUGUAGAUGCCCGCAACCAUGGUAACAGCCCUCACAGCCCAGAGCUGAACUAUGAAGCGAUGGCCGAGGAUUUGAAGCACCUCCUCGCUCAACUUCACAUUGAAAAAUGCGUCCUCAUCGGCCACAGCAUGGGAGGAAAAACUGCCAUGACGACCGCCCUGACACAGGCUGGUUUGGUGGAGAGGCUCGUGGUGGUGGACAUCAGUCCAGCCCAGACCUCAACACGCACCAACUUCCGGUAUUACAUCAAGGCCAUGCAGGAGGUGAAGAUCUCCAGCGACAUCCCGCGCUCCACUGCCAGGCGGAUGGCUGAGGAUCAGCUGCGCAGUUUGGUCAAGGAGCGCUCGGUGCGUCAGUUCCUACUGACGAACCUGGUGGAGCAGAACGGAAACUACGCCUGGAGGGUCAACCUGGAGUCCAUCUCGGCGCACCUUGAGGACAUCAUGAGCUUCCCCAGCUUCGACACUGUCUAUGACGGACCGACAUUGUUUUUGGGUGGAGCAAGCUCUGCAUAUAUCAGCUCUGACGAUUACCCAGAAAUCCAGAGGCUGUUCCCUAACGCUGACAUCCAGUACAUCCCAGAUGCGAGCCACUGGAUCCACGCAGAUAAACCCUUAGAUUUCAUCAGCUCCGUCAGCUCCUUCCUUCAGUCCUAGCUGCCUGCUGCCUCCACCUCAGAACUUUUUAACGCACCCCUGAGCGUGAAAAUGACGGUUAGUAUUCAGCAGCUUCAGCGAGAAGGAGUUGUUGAUGAUGCUAAUAUUUGCCAACACUGGACCAAACUCGCCCUUUUAUAGCAGUCAGUCCUUUUAACAAUGUUAGUGAAGCGUAGCAACGGUCAACUUUUCUUUUGUGUAGUCUCUGCCAGACAGGUAGUGUUACUAGAUGUGUUUUCAUUGAUUUACAGGUCAGUAGGUAGACAAUAUAUAACAUAACGGGGCUGUUUAAGAGUUAAUGUACUAAUCCAAAGAAACAUUGCACACUGCUUUCGUGAUGUUGAAACAUUAAUGCCAGUACAAUAGCGAAGUUGCAUUAGGAUAACAAUAACGCGGGAAUGCUGAAGAGGACCAGCAGUCGGGGUUUGAUAUGAAAGUUUUGACAGCACUGGAAUGAAAUGAAUAUUGUUUACCUGAGCAGUUGAGUGAGGAAUGUGCAAAGCAAAAAAUGUGGGGUUUUCUUUUGCACAAGAGAGUUUGGUAUCGUGUCAGAAGGUCCAAGCUCUGCAAAGAGGCUGUAAUGCAGGUGGUUUGUUGUAGAAACAGAUUUUAAUGUUGAUAAGAGUAAUAUAUACAAUAUAUUGUUCUGGAUCUUUAUUUCUCACAUCCUCUUCUCUGUAUCUGCUGACAGAGAUGAGGAUUUACAUUUCAUUGACUUUGCCACAACUCGAGUACAUCGAGAGCGCUGGUUAUAUUUUUAUCAAGAUUAUCACCCAUGAAAACCAAGCUGAAACAUAUAAAUGCAGAACUGUCAGAAACUUUUUCCUGAAUAUCUCAGGUUAUAGUGGAUAUGCUAAUUAUUAACAAUGUAAACUAUUCUCCUGUCUGUCUGGCAAUAAGCCGUGGUAAUGUCGUUGUGUAUUUGGUCCAUCAGUGUUUUAUUGAAACAUGUUUUACUGAGUUAUUUUCCGUGUCUUGCUUAUCUACAUAGCCAAGGCGCUAUAUGGGUAUCUUACAAAUAUAUGCUGCAGAAAUGUAUGUUGUUAUCUAAUCGUACUAGUGUUAAUAUUAGUUCUGUUUCCAUGGGUUUGAGCGUUCUGGUCCAGUAGUGAAACUGCCAUCUUAAUGAAUAAGCAGGGUGUUGUAAAUGUGUGCCUCUUUUGUCAAAAGCUGCUUUUCUCUAUUUCUCUAAAACUUGAUAAAAAAAAUAACAAAUCUUUUAUUUUACAACUAGCAGACUUUAGAUUGGCAGCUGGAUUGCCAGUUUUGUGUGAAUUUUCUCACAAGGAAGCUUAACCGAUGUCCCUUCAUGGCGCUAGAUGUUUUACUGUCAGUGUUUUCUGUCCGUUUGAUGUGAAUACCGAAGUCUAAAAGCCUUCAAAUGAUCAGAAUUAGAUGAGUGAAAUUCUCCUAAUGGUGUUCAUUUUACAAAACUCCAGAUUGUAGAGAAGCACCUCCUCUUCCUCCUCGUCCACAGGACAGAUUUUUCUGUCUGGGUGGUGGUGAGGGGGGGGGGGGGGUGGAAUUAUCUUUUAAAAGAGAACUCUGUGUCAUCAAUAUAGAAGAGUGAAUUUAUUUAAUCACAUUGAAAAGUUGAAGACUGUAAUCAUCUGUGCACGAGUGUGUAUUGUUUUACUUUGAGCAUGCCUUUUCUCUCGUCAUCAUGUGUAACUUUGUGCUUCAUGCGUCUGUUUGUUGCCCGAAAGUGGCACUCUCAGUCUAGAUAAUCUGAUACAUACAUUUAAAAUAAAUGUGGACAAGGAGCAUAAUGGAUUAUAUAUAUUAUUGAAAGUGUACAGACGGAAAUCCUACAAUAAAAUGACAAAUCUGCAACAAAGUGUGUUUGUUUUUUUCUCUUUUUAAUGCAACUAGCUAAAGUGCAGACAGUGCAGCAUUUAAAGUGAUGUAGUGGCAAAGAAACUGCAGUUUGACUCAGCAGCAGGUUUGGAAGAGCUUUUGCUUAAGACAUUGAUUUAUUACAAAAUGACUGGAAUAUCAGGA